AUGUCGGAUGCCGAUGAGAGAGAACCGCAGCAGGACUCCGUGCCAAUAGCAGCGCCGUCUGCCUCUCCCGGUCUCCCUUCUGAAUCCCCCGCCUCGACCUCUCUUCCCAGGCAUGUCGCUACUGCCCGUCUCGCCUCCCCGAUUCCAAACAAUGCAGAAAUCCAGGACGCAUCCUCGAGGAGAGCAGCGACUCCGCUCCAAGCCGUAGCCGAGAGAGAGCCAGAUUUCAAGGGCAAGGCUGUUGCAUCAUCGCCAAAUAAGCCUGGAGACUCCAUAUUGACUUCGGGACUUCGAAAUGUGUCGUCUUCGCCAGCACCAGAAGAACCGCCGUCACGAUCUGGCUCUCCACCAUCGGCAGAAACUGGCCCGAAAUUCAAUCUUACUGGCGAAGAAAAUAGCCCUCGCAACACUCCCGCCCCGACAGAGAAUCCGCAGAUUAUCCGGAGGCACCUAGUCCAGCCUCAAGGCAACGCCUCGGAGGUCAACAAUGAGAAUUCUUCUGAAUCAGAAGAUAGCACUGGGAAGAAUCCGGCUGAUGUGGAUGAAUUCUCUAGUUUACAGCUCCAAGGCGGGGAUAUCACUCGCCCUGUAUACCGGUGGACUGAGGAAGCAGAGGCCCAGGAGGCAUCAAGGCGCCGGCGGAGCUUCGACGUUCCUCGGCCAGAGCCUGAGAGUGCGACGUUGGACAUUGGCUCGAUCAAGAUUCCAGGAGGAUUUCGAAGAGAUUAUCUCCGCAGGGCAGCUGGAGGCGCAGAAGGCAAUGGUCUUCAUUCAUCUACGGGGCGUGACGGGCGUGUCGUCGAGCCGCAGCUACCCACACGAAGCUUCCUCGAGUUCUUAACGCUGUACGGACACUUUGCUGGCGAGGAACUGGAAGAGGAUGAUGAAGCUCUUGGCCCCGAUGAAUACUUCGUUCCCGAGCUAUGGCGUGAAGGGGAGGAGGAGAUUGGCGAAGAAACCGCCCUUCUCCCGCCGGGUGCUCCAGGAAAACACCCUCGAAGGCAUAGGGAUCGCGCCCCCAAAGCUACCAACUCCGCCACUGGUGCAAUGCUACUGUUAUUAAAGUCGUUCGUGGGCACAGGAAUUUUGUUUCUCCCCAGGGCCUUUCUUAAUGGCGGUAUGCUGUUCAGUUCGGUCGUUUUGGUGACUGUGUCUCUUCUAAGCUACUACUGCUUUAUCCUUCUCAUCAGCACAAGAUCAAAGAUAGAAGGCUCCUUUGGCGACAUUGGUGGCGCCCUAUAUGGAAAGCACAUGAGGAGAAUCAUUCUCGGUUCCAUAGCCCUUAGCCAGUUCGGUUUUGUUUCGGCUUAUACGGUUUUUGUUUCUACGAAUUUGCAGGCUUUUGUGCUCGCUGUGAGCAAGUGCAAAACUUUUAUCAGUAUUCAGUUUUUGAUACUGAUGCAGCUGAUCAUCUUUCUUCCUCUCUCCCUUAUUCGUGACAUCAGCAAACUCGCAUUCACUGCGCUUAUCGCGGACGCUUUUAUUCUCCUGGGAAUCGUCUAUCUCUAUGGGGUUGAUAUCAAAACCAUUAUUGACCAGGGUGGAGUUGCGGACAUCAAAGCAUUUAACCCGCAGAGUUGGCAACUUCUAAUCGGGACUGCCAUUUUCACGUAUGAAGGCGUCGGUCUUAUAAUCCCCAUUCAGGAGUCCAUGAAACGCCCCCAGCAAUUUCCACGAGUUUUGGCGCUUUGUAUGAUUGUUAUUACCGUGAUAUUCCUUUCCAGUGGUGUGCUCGGAUAUGCGACGUUCGGCUCUGCCACCGAGACCGUGGUGCUACUCAACUUGCCCCAAGAUGAUAAGUUCGUCAACGGUGUACAAUUCUUAUACUCCAUCGCCAUCCUCCUCAGCACACCUUUACAGCUGUUUCCGGCAAUUCGAAUUAUGGAAAACGGAUUGUUUACUCGGAGUGGAAAAUAUAACCCAGGUAUCAAGUGGAAAAAGAACAUUUUCCGGUUUUUCCUGGUCGUAAUUUGUGCAGUGGUCGCCUGGGGUGGAGCUGCCGAUCUGGACAAGUUUGUCGCCCUUGUGGGAAGUUUCGCCUGUGUGCCCCUGGUCUACGUGUAUCCGCCAUUGCUACACUGGAAAGCUGUCGCCACCACUCGAUUCCGGCGAUGGUCAGAUAUUGCCUUGGCAGUAUUUGGCACACUUGUAUGCAUUUACACAACUAUACUGACCGUACACAACUGGGUCGCUGGCUCAAGCGAACCCAGCAAACCUGGUCAUUGCGACGUUUAAUAAGAGCGCACGCCAUCCAGAUCAGAAAGUCCACGAGUAUCCUCCUUCGACGAUUCGCUACGUUCAAUCAACCCUUUUCGAGGCUUCCGUAGCAGUUUUGAUGACCUGUUUCCUAUUACAAUCUUCAUCCCCUAUUUCUUUUUGACCCUGAGCGUUCAUCAUGCGUAAGAGUGUUCAUAUAUUUUGAUUCGUUUUAGAGGGCAGCAUGCCAUCUUAUAGCAGUGUCCCUGGUGGCAGAAAUCAAAUGGAAAUCAAUCCAGAUACAUUUUUAACGAAUUUGAUCCGACCCAUCCUUGAAAGCCAAGCUCCCCCACCUUUUCUUUUUCUUUUUUCCUCUCUUUUUUUUUCUUCUCCGCCCACAGCGGGUUUUCCAUACGGCGUUCUUUGAUUACGAUUCCCAAGGUUUUCCCUAUUCUCGGUUCUCGCGCGCUUAGAGAUUGCUGCAGGCGAUAUACACAUGUGAGAUUGGACUGUGAACCG